CCUCCCAUAUGCAUCUAGGGCCAUCACCGUCGCUUCGAUCAUCUAUACUCCUGUUGCCUUGCUAGCUAGCUCCACUGCUACUUGCCUCCUCGAUCCCGAGCGCACACGAGCCUUUUGCAGGCAUCCACGGGCACGCAUUGCGGGAGCAUUACAUUGCCGACGGGCAGGAUCUCGGAUGUCGAGCCGGCGGUCGCAGUCGAGGUCGUCGUCUUCCGGCGGCGCGUUGCGGAUCAGCGACGAGCAGAUCAGCGACCUCGUCGCCAAGCUGCAGGCGCUCCUCCCCGAGGCCCGCCUCCGGAGCAACGACAGGGUGCCGUCGGCGAGGGUGCUGCAGGAGACGUGCAGCUACAUCCGGAGCCUGCACCGGGAGGUCGACGACCUCAGCGACCGCCUCUCCGAGCUGCUCGCCACCACAGACGUCAGCACCGCGCAGGCCGCCGUCAUCCGCAGCCUCCUCAUGUAGCCGCCGGCGGGCAAUCAGGCCACCCGGCAGCUAGCCAUCGGAAGUUAAUUUGUAGAUUAUAUUAGGGACACAAAGAGAUAAUGUUUUUGGUUAAUUAAGAUCACCGGCUAAGUUAAUAAGUCUUUUCUUUUACUAGAGUCAGUUAAAUAAUUGAAUUUACUACUACCUACUACUAUAUAUAUGUAUGUAACCUGGACCAUCAGUGCUUUUGCCGUGAAAUUUUGCGAUUGCGAGUGCCAGAUGGAGCCACUCAAGAGUCA